ACGCACCAUUGGAAGGGGGCGUGGUUGACUUCUCACAACAGAAAUGGGAGUCGGGGUGGGUGGAGCUUAAACCACACCUUUGCAGGUGGAGACCAAAGCCAGAGUUUCGGCAGGAGAGACGGGCUGUUUGUUGAACUGCGUUAGCUGAACAGAUCCAGUGAUGUGGCCGUUCACUUGUCUCGGUUUCCUCGUCCUCCUCUCCCUCCUGAGCAUCUCGACUGGAAAGAGUGCAGAGAACGGAUUCAGGAUAUGUGCUUACAAUCUGCAAAACUUUAACAAGGAAAGGGCGUCGCACACAAUGACGCUACACUCUCUGACGCGGAUUGUGGCUCGCUGUCACAUCACUCUUCUGCAGCAUGUGGUGGAUCCAGACGGUGAAGCCAUCAAAACUCUACUGGCUUCACUCAACAGCAUGGAGUCUGACAGAUAUGACGGCACUAAGUUCCACUCCGUAUCCAGUGAACUGCUGGGGAAGUCACCCAAUGACAUGCAGCAGUAUGUGUUCAUCUGGAGGCACAACGCAGCAAACCUCACCAAUAAACACCAGUACCGAAAGGAUGGCCCUUUUGUCCGAGCGCCAUUUGUUGUGAAGUUUCAAAGCAGCAAAACCUUAAUCGGAGAGUUCAUACUGGUUCCCCUCCACUCCGAGCCCUUGCAGGCCAUCCAAGAGAUCGACAGCCUCUACGACGUGUUUGAAGAAGUCAGCUCCAUGUGGAAUAACACAGACGUGAUGUUCUUGGGGGAUUUCCACGCCGGCUGCGGCUUCGUGACCAGACCUGACCGUAAAAGUAUCCGCCUGUACACAAACUCCAGCUUCUCCUGGUUGAUUGGAGAACAAGUGGACACCACCGUCACCGACUCAACUACCUGUCCAUAUGACAGGAUUGUGGUGCAUGGACAGCCCUUCCUGAAGGCCGUUGUGCCGUACUCCGGAAAAGUCUUUAACUUUGGCAAAGAAUUUAAAUUCUCUAGAGCUAAGGUUCUGGACGUGAGCGACCAUUACCCCGUGGAGGUGAGGCUGAAGGGCUCCGGCCUUCCUCUUCAGGCCACGCCCCUCACAGUCAUCCUGUGCGUCGCUGUGGUGGCGCGUUUUCUCCUUCCUGGUCUGUGAUCAGCGGGUGGAUUCCAACGUCUUUAGUUUUGAAUUCCAGAUAUUUUUUUUUAUUUUUUUUUCUCAGUCGGGUCUCCUGAAGCACAAAGAGCCAAGUGGAAAAAAAGAGCAUUUAUUUUAAAGCAACAAGAUCUGAUUGAAGUGAAGAUGUUUGGUUUGAGAUCUUCAAAAUCUCAAGUUUUCUCAUAAGAACCAUUAAAUAGAUUCAUUACAGGGAAU